AUGUCCGGAAAGGCAGCUUUGAAAGCUGUGAGAACAGCCCUAGACUCGAAAGAUUUUGAACUUGCAGCUACCAAAGCGAAUGAACUGAUCGGUCGCGACCCCGCCAACUACCAUGCGUUUGUCUUUCUAGGACUUGCACACGACAAACUUGGCAAAACCGAUGAGGCAGAGAAAGCAUACCUCUCAGCGACCCGCAUCAAGGACAACGACAAGACAGCAUGGCAAGGGCUAGCAAACUUGUACGAAAAACAAGGGAGCAGCAAACUCGAUGCGUAUAGAGCAGCCACAUUGAAGCUAGGACAAAUAUUUGCAGACAGCGAUGAGCGUGAGCGAUGUGUCGAUGUCGUGGAUAAGUUCAUUAAAUUCGCACGAAAGAAUGGUACACGUACGCAACAGAAGCAGGCUUUGCAUCUUCAACUUCCGACAUGUCCUCUCUAUCCAUACCUCGAAGGGAGAGUCCCGCACCCCGCCGAUACUUACUCAAGGCUAAUAGAGACCACCGAAACGGAAGAAAAGGAGUUUAUAAACCGUGAAAUUGGCGAGAGGAGAACCCGCCUUGGUGCGAAAAUCGACCAAGUUACCGCCGAAGUUAAGCGUGAGGCGUUUUCCAACAAUGAGCUUGACGAAUAUUACAAAGGUCUCAUCAAUUGGACGAAUGAUGACGAAGUUCGGCAUAAAUUAGAGGAAAAGCUACUUCAACGAGCAUAUGACCUGCUUCUCGUUCUUCCACAAGAUAAAAAGUCGACGAAGAGGGAAGAGGUUCUUCAGGGCGCUCGAGACAUGGUGAUCAUAAAAUAUCCUUUCGAUCUGGCAUGGAAGAUCGUUUUAGAAUGGAACGAUGUCGAAGACCCAGUGGAGUGGGAUGUUAAUGUUCUACGUGAAUUUAUUGAGUUUUUCCCUGAAGAUGGAGUGAGCAGGGUACUACAGGGUUUUUUGAAAGGAGACUUCUCCCCAUUCCCAUCAGAGACUGAAAUACAACAAUCGCCUGAGGCUGAGUCCGAUGAUGCUGAAAUGGCAAUUGAAGAUCGUUUGAUUUUAAUGUCCGACGGUCUUGAACAAGCCCCUUCUUCGAUUAUAGCCCAUCGGAUCAUGGCUCAACUUUAUUUAACCCUCGAUGAACACAGCGUCGCUGUGGAUGUGGCACGAAAAGGUCUGUUGGUAACCAAGGAAACGGCCAGGAAAACCGGUGCUAAUUUUCGUCAAACAACGGAUGCUUUGAAUAUUACUCUUGGAACAGCUUUGAUAUCUUUCCAAUCACCACGCAAUCACCCCGAAGCGAAGGAUAUAUUUGAAAGCAUACUACAAAGGAAGCCCAUGAGUACUAAAUGUCUCCUUGGCAUUGGUUUGAUUUUGGAAGAAGACCAACAGUAUGAGGAAGCUGUUGACUUUUUAGAUCGGGCUCUACAACGCGACCCAUCUAAUGUCAAGAUACGUUCAGAGCUUGCUUGGUGCACAGCGCUUAACGGUAAUCUUGAAUCUGGCUUGGAAAACCUGCAGGCUGUGCUCGCAGAGAUUGAAAACGCCGAAACGCAAAAUCACGAAUUCAAAGCAGAAAUACUUUACAGAAUUGGCCGGUGUCAAUGGGAGCUUGAUCAGUCAAGUGCGGCUCGAAAGAACCGUAACGGUGCAUACGCUAGCUUCCUAGGUUCUAUCCAAUCAAAUAUGAACUUCGCGCCUGCGUACACUAGCCUGGGAAUAUUCUAUGCAGACUAUAAGAAGGAUAAGGCCAGAGCAAAGCGGUGUUUUCAUAAAGCAUUCGAACUCUCUUCGGGAGAAAUAGAAGCAGCUGAGCGGUUGGCAAAGGCUUUUGCUGACAAGCAGGAGUGGGAUCUGGUGGAAGCAGUUGCUCGGCGAGUUGUAGAUUCUGGAAAAGCAAAACCUGCGCCUGGAUCAAAACGCAAGGGUCAUAGUUGGCCUUAUGCCGCUUUGGGCGUUGUGCAAAUUAACAAACAGCAAUAUACCCAGAGCAUUAUAUCGUAUCAGGCGGCACUAAGGAUUUCCCCAGAAGACUAUCAUUCCUGGGUUGGACUUGGUGAAAGCUAUCACAAUUCUGGAAGGUAUAUUGCUGCAACAAAAGCAUUCGAGCAUGCAGAGGCAUUGGAGGACAAUCUUUCCAAGCCCGAUGGAUCGAACAUUUGGUUCUCGAGGUACAUGCUUGCCAAUGUCAAACGAGAACUGGGAGACUAUGAGGAUGCGAUUCAAAGAUAUGAAGACGUGCUUGUCAUUCGGCCUAACGAAUACGGGGUUAUGAUUGCACUUUUGCAAACUUUGACUGAGAGCUCCUGGAAAAGCAUUGAAAUUGGCUUGUUUAAUGAUGCUGCUAAGUCAGCGCGAAAGGCUCUGGAUAUUGCCACACUUAUGGCGAAUGAGAAAUCUAAGGUCUUCAAUCUGUGGAAAGCAGUUGGUGAUGCAUGUGCUGUUUUCUCUUAUAUCAAAAUAAAGGCAGAUCGUUUGUCUGCUUCGAAAUUACACGCCCUAUUGCGCACGGAACUCGAAGAAGGUGCAUUCGAUAUCAUCGCUGAUGCAGAUAACAUCGGAGAGAAAUAUGAAAUAUUACUCGACGCCGAAAAUACAGAGUGUAGCCCAUCAGACUGCUAUAUUUAUGGCUCUAUCCUAGCUUACAAGCGAGCGGUUUAUGUGGCGGCAGAUGAUGUUCAUGGCCAGGCCGUAUCUUGGUAUAACUUGGGCUGGGCGGAAUAUAGAGCAUACCGGAAUAUGGAGGCAGGCAAGCUGAAGAAAGAAAAACGACAACCCAGGAAAUUCCUCAAAGCAGCUAUACGGUGCUUUAAGCGCGCCAUUGAGCUGGAGGCAGGAAACUCCGAGUUUUGGAAUUCAUUAGGGGUCGUGACAUCUUCACUCAGUCCGAAAGUUGCUCAACAUGCAUUUGUCCGUAGUCUGCAUCUGAACGACCGCAGUGCGCAGAAUUGGACAAACUUGGGCGCAUUCUACCUGAUAAAUAGCGAUCUUCAAUUAGCAAAUGAAGCUUUCACCAGAGGUCAAUCUGCUGAUCCUGACUACGCCCAAGCUUGGUUGGGACAGGGCUUCCUUGCUCUUCUCUUUGGUGAUCCUUCUGAAGCACGAGCUCUGUUCACGCAUGCUUUUGAUAUUUCAACAUCAUCAACAACCGUCGCCAAACAACAAUAUACUCUAAGUCUAUUCGACCAUCUUCUUGUAGAUGCGUCCUUGUCAAACGAAAUAUCGCAACUGAUUCGCCCCUUCUUUGCCCUUCAGCAGCUACAUGCUCAAGAGCCUUCUGACUUGGCUUUUGAACACCUGUCCGCCUUGCUAGCGGAGCGUAUUGGCGAGUACUCACAGGCUGACGCUGCUUUGGGUAUUGUCUGUGCAGGAGUUGAAGCAGAAUAUGAGGUAACUGAAUCCUCGUCGUCUCUGACACGCUUUGCCCUUGCCAACGCAGAUGUCGCACGUAUACAUUUAGCGAAUCACGAAUACGAAACAGCUGCAGAGAAAGCAGAAGCCGCGCUCACAUUGUCUGAAGGCAAUGAUACAGACAAACCUGAUCUGGAAGCUUUGAACAGACUUCGUCUAUCUGCGCAUCUCACAGCGGGGUUGGCGUAUUAUUACUUAAAAUCAAUGGAUCAAGCCAUCGAUAUGUUCCGGGAUGCUCUCCAGGAAGCAGAUAACGAUCCCGAUGUAGUCUGUUUACUAGCCCAGGUACUAUGGGCCAAAGGCGGCGAAGAGGAAAGAAGCGUUGCUCGAGAGCAAUUGUUUGACAGCGUCGAGAAACAUCCCGAUCACGUAGGAGCUGUGACUCUUCUGGGAGCUAUCGCAUUGCUAGACAGCGAUGAGGAUGCCAUUGAAGCUGUCUACGAGGAUCUCCAAACGAUGAGGACCAGAGACGACAUCGAGAUUCAUGACCGGGCCAAGGUCGUCAAGCUACUGACUACUAUUUCUGCUCUGGGCUUCUGCACAGAUACGAAGGUAGCGGAGGAAGAAAGACGCAUUGCGGAGGCAUCUACAACAGUCAUGCUCGCGCCCCAGCAGCCACAGGGCUGGAUGGAAUUAUCUGCCACGACUGGCGAAUUGCAUCCUGCCAAGAUGGCGGUAAGGAUGGCUCUUCGGAGCGCUCCACCACGAGGUGGAUUGGAGGCAUUCGAUUUAUGUAAGGCUUAUGUUCAAACAGGCACCAUCGGAGACUCGAUGAGAGCAGUUAUGGUUGCCCCGUGGAGAAAAGAGGGGUGGGAGGAGCUCACUCAUACCCUGUCAGACGUUGCAUGA